AUGGAUCUCCCGGAGAGCCUCAAAGCGGCGCUCGGCACCGCCGGCGGCGGCGCCGACGCCGCCACGUCCGCGGUGGACGCCGCGGUAUCGUCCGCCGUCGCGUCCGCGUCGAAGCUCACCGCCGUCGCCGCGGAAGCCGUGAACGAUAGGGUGGAGAUCGGGCGCGCGCACCUCGAGGCGGCGUCGUGGGAACUUCGGUCCGCCGAGGACAAGCUCUUCAAGGCCCCGUCGCGAGCGUUGGCGUCCGCCAUCGAUCGCGCGCCCUACGCCACCGCGGCGGCGGGCGCGGCGCUCGCGCUCCUCGCGGUCCCGGGCACCAGGCGCAUCCUGUGGCACGCCUCCUUCGGGCGGAUGCAGAGCGAGGAAGCCUUGGUGCGCGCGGCUACACGCAGCGCGGAGACGCUGAAGGCGGCGUCGGAGGGGACGAGCUCGGAGCUGGCGCGGCUGAGGGACGCGGCGGUGGCGGCGGAGGAGGAGAUGACGCGGGGGAGGGGCAAGCUGAGACAGGCGGCGGCGGACCUCAAGCGGCUGGUGCGCGAUCGUCCCAGACAAAACACCCGAACCGUUCAAAACUUUUCCAUCGUCGCGCCCAGCCCGACCCGCCGCAAAAGUCUGACUUCGAAUCUCCCCGGCGCGUUCGCGUUCACCCAACAGGCGAGCAGGACGUCCAAGGACGAACGCUCGGUGUCGUCGACGCUCCUGGAGCUCCGUUCGUUGCCGAGCAAACGCGCGCUCGAGCUCAGAACCGACAUUGCCAAGACCAAAAACGAGAUGGCCAAGACGAGCUCCGCGAUCGACGCGGCGCUGCGAAGGGUCUUCAAGGCGGGCGUCGACAUCUGA